UAUAUCGAUAUCCAUCAUUCGUAAGAUGGCCUGGGAGGGCAGGAAUACCGAGGAGGAGAGCGGGAAAAUGGAACGGGGAUGAAGGGAAAAGCAAGCGGUUGCGGGGUUUAUUCUAUAAUUUUCUUCCUCCUAUUAUUCUCUCCUCCUCACUUUCUUCUCCACCAUAUACCAUAUCCCCUACUCUUAAUUCGAGACGAGAAUAAUAGUAUUCCCGUCUUGUUCUCUUUCUACUAUUCUCUCUCGUCUCUUCGAGGCCGAAGCCAUGGCGGUAGCGUUGGAAAGCUUCUCGAUUCGAGAGUAUACGGCGAAGAUGAGGAGCGUGGACUUUGGGAAAUGCUGGCCGUUCCUUGGGGAUGGGACGAGAGAGGGAGAGAUGGGGAGGUCGCUGCCUCCGAUCUCGUUCCGGAGGUUCCGAUGGUGGUUCGACGAGCUCGAGGCGGAGCGUUCGGCUGAAGGGAAGCACGAUGGCGCCGCCGAGGAGCUCCAGUUGGCGCCGGUGGAGGAGGGGAGGCAGAUGAGGAUGCCGGUGAAGGUGAAGCAAAGGGCGCCCAAGAGGAGGUCCAUCGUGGAGCUGUUUGCGGUGUCUCCGCAGAUCGAGGCCGUUGAAGACGACACUGACGGCGGCGAUGAAAAGGAAGGAAAAGGAGAAGCCGUCCAAGAUGGAGAACGAGAAAAAGAAGUCGGAAACGAAGAGGGGGGAAUAGAAGAGAGAUCUGGAGCAGGAGAUGGGGGCGGCGGUAUAGAUGUGACUGUUUCUUCGCCGAGGAAAAGAAAAGAGAGGGUGAAGGAAAUGGAGGAGACGAGGAAAAAAUCAUGGAUGAAAUAUAAGAGUAAGAAGAAGAAGAAGAAAUCAUGUUUCGAGACUUGUGCUGCAAAAAAGGGGAAAAAUUAUAGGCCCAAAACAUCAUAUUCACAUGAUAUUUCUCAGUUACUUCAUGAUUCAGUGAGUAAGAAAAGGCUCAGAAAGGCUCUGAGGGAUGCUGCUGAAGUCAGAAAGAAGAAACCAUCAACAGUGAGAAGUUUACUGAAGAAGCAAAAUCACAAAUUAAUCCAAAAUUCCAAGUUGCUAUUAAAAAACCAGGAGGAGGUAGCAAAGGUAUUGCCAGUUCAUGGCAUCCUCAAGAAUCGCUCGAAAGCCUCUUCCAUCAAAAAGUCAAGUCUGAUUGUUGAUGCACAUGGCGAAAAUCCUUUUAAGCCUUCUCGUGUGUCAGAAAAGCAUGUCACAUUUUCUGGCAAGGAUGACAUAAUUGGACAUGACAAGAGCUUUUCGCCUAUGGAGCUGCCUCAAUUGCAAAGCCUUUGUAAAAUAUUUUCAGAUGUCUUGGCUGAAGCAUCAUCUAGGGAUGAUUUAAGCAAAGGUGACAAACUUUCAUCUCUGAGUAAGGGAUCUCACGUGGUGAAUGACUGUGAGAAAGAUGCUGUGACAAGUGGUGCAGAGGUAACAGCUGGGAGUGACAAUCGACAGUUGAGUAAUGCACACAGUCAUGCUGCCCCCCAUGAGUUUAUCAAUCCCAAUAACAGGGCCUGUCCCGAUAUAUCCUCCUUGGAUGAAGCUGUAAAUGUAAAUAGUGCAAUACAGAGCUCCAGUAAUUCAAAUUAUUUAAACUCUGGUACCUCAGUUUUUUCUUCUAGUCUCCUGUGUUCAAGCAGUCAACAAGUUCUGAAUUCUCAUGGUAAAGAAGGGUCAAGUUCUGGUGAAGGAAUUCGUUCAGAUGACAGAACUUUUAGGAUAUCUGAUUCCAGAAGAAGUCUGCCUACUUCCGUUGAAAGUGGUGUUUCAAGAUCUGAAGCAAUGAGUUCACUGACCGUAACCAGGAAUCUAAUUUCACAGCCUCUGGCAACCUGUUCAGUAAUGAGUGUUGAAGCAAAGGAGAGACAACCACAUUUAUCACUAGGGCCUAGGAUUGAUGUUGAUAGAUGUGUUUCAGAGAUUCAACCUACGUGCCAUCUCACUCGUAAAGAUUUAAGAAGUAGCAUGAGCACUUCAGUUGGAUUAAAAAGAUCAGGCGAAACAAGGCAAAUGUCAGAUCAGAUGUCCACCUGCAGGGACAAGUAUAGCGAUGAGAAUUUCAUUGGCCUGCCUCUUAAUUCCCAAGGAGAACUCAUUAAGCUGCAUUCUAGUGGUAAGCUUGGUCUUAGGAAUUUAUUUAAGGAGCAAAACACAAUACUUGGUUCCUCCCAUAGCUUCCCAAUUUCUGAUCUUGUUGAGCCAAGAAGUAACUUGAAUCCUAUAAAUAUGAGGGGAAAGUUUCCUGCUGCAUUAUUGUACAUGAAAGAUGGGUUAAGAUGGUACCCGGAACAGAAAGACAAUCCUGCAAGCAUGCCUGUAACUUCUGGGCUAGGGAUUAUGCAGUCGCAUGGUUUUGAAAGGAUGGAAGUUCAAAACCGUGUAUCAGUGAGGAACAAAGACCAACAUUUUCAUCAUGGCCCAAAUUCAACGAAAGUUUCUUGUUAUGGGUGCAGGGAAUCUUGUCACCAAGCUUGUAAUUGGAACAACAGGGAAAUUUUUCAAGCAGAGGGGAAUUUGGACCAUGGGGUUCAGCCUGCUAACCAACCAACAAUGCGUUUGAUGGGUAAAAAUGUUACAGUCGGCAGAAGAAUUGAGGAAUGCAGUUUUGAUGACACAAAGAUUUGGAUAGACAAGGAAAUCAUAACUGAAAACAGCUCCUCUUUUAGACUGUCUGAAACAUCACUUCCAAGGCAGAGGCUUCAACAGGGGUGCUUCGAACAGCCGGUAUCUGAGGCAUCAAGAUUUAUACAACCAAUAGGAGCUUCAUCAAGCAUUUAUUGCAGUUCAGCACUUGAACCAAACUUUGAUCAUAUGCAUUAUGAUUGCCCAGAGCAGUGGAUAUCAAGAAAUGGCCUUCCAUUCACCAUCGGAAAUUUUGCUACCAAGCUGAAUCCUUUUAGCUAUCCACAUCCUUCUCAGACAAUGCUAAAUAAGACACUCAACCCUGCAGUAGAUUCUGUAACUGAGCACAUUGAAGUGGGGCAUCAAAUACCAUUCAUGGCAGCCCAUCCUCAAAAUAUUCAGCACAUGCUGCUGAUGUCUACACACUGCAAGCAUAGACAGAGCUUUUCUUUUAGUGCUACAUCAACUUCCCAUCCAGCAUUUUUAAGUCAGAAUUGUGGGAAUUUUGUUGAAUCAUCAUCCACUCAAUCUUCGCUUUGCUGUCCACGGUGGCUGCUAAAUGCAGAACAGCACAAGAAGAGCAAUAAAUCUUCCUUGCCCAUUUGUUCUGAUCCUAUUGCUAUUCAUCACCCCUGCACAACAUCUGGAAGUAAGCUCCCUCUUCUUCCUUCUACAUAUCCCACAUCAAUUGUAACUUUUCCUGUUUAUAAUACCAGUUCUUUUCACACCUGUGGCUCUUCUUCAUUGGUACAUUCUUCAUUUAUCCCAUCCUAUCCAGCAAGCAAAUCCACUUGUCCAGGCAAUGUCAAUUUUAGAAACAAGAUUGAAGAUAAGGAUGGAAAAAAAUCCCAGCUUACAUAUAUCAAAAGUCUAGAACAGACUAACAGAAGUAACAAAAGGGCUGCAGCUAAAGCUGAUGGAUUCAUGAGUUCAGCGAAAAAGCCUCAUUUAACAAUACAAGACAACUCUGCUCCAGCAGGCCCAAGGAGUGAACAGUUGAAUGAUUGUUCAUCAGAUGAUGCCAUAUCAGCAGAAAUGUCAGCUUUGGCUAAUAAAAUCAUUGAUGUUGGUCUUCCAGUAAUGAGCAACCAAAAAAAUGUGUUAAUGAUUUCUUCUGGCUCUAAUUCUUUAAACUAUUCUGUUGGGACAAGAUCAGGACCUGUCAAAUUAAGUUCAGGAGCAAAGCAUAUACUAAAGCCAAGUCAAAAUAUGGAAAAGGAUAAUUCUAGACCAAUUCAUUCAACCGUACCUCUUGCAGUUGGGACUAGUUCCAGUAAAGCUCCAGUUUCUCAGAAAUCAGCAAUGAUUUACAGGUUCUAGCGGGCAUGCACAACCUUAUUACGGAAGGUUUAAGAAAUGAUUUGUUCUGUUGCUUAUCUUCCACUUAAAUGGCUUCACAUCACGUGAAUACUUCUAAUUUCAGUGAUGGUUCAUCUUUGAUCUUAACAAGAUGAAAUUGGUUUCUGGUCUGGAAGGAAAGCAUUACAUGGUUGCAGCUCUAUACAAGCAGGUGUAUAUAAUGUUACAUUAUUUGGCUGCUUAUUUUUGGAUUUUCCAAAGCUUCUACUGCUGUAACAAUUUGAUCCUCAAGCUAUGAUCAGGUUAUUUAGAUUUUCUUUCUAGAAUACAGUCUCCUUGUUUUGAAUCUGAUAUAGUAGUAUGCUAUGGUCUUGGCAUUUGUUAUCUUCCUGUUAAAGUCUUGAUUUUUUUUUUUUGUCUGAGAGUACAAUGCCAGCUUAUUUUGAAUUUGUU